AUGCUACUGAUCGAACGGAUAUGUACUACUGUUAGUGAUAUUCACCGCACUGAGGGGCGCUCGCUUAGCUACGCAUUCAAAUCGGAAGCUGCCACCGUCAACGUUUGCGGCCAACCACCACUGGAUAGCCAAAUGUCGCUUAAAAGCGAAAUUUCUGACGCCUCGACGGUCCGUAACGCGCCCCGUGGCCUCCCCGCGUACGACAACGAGCCUGACGCUGCAAACCCACGCGUCCAGGCAUUCCAGGCAUUCCGGGACCACUCAUCGAAUGGUGGGGAGCGCGUUUUCCAGCCGCCUUUACGCCAUCCAGACUCUCAUCCUCGAGCUAUGAGGCCAUACGAUGCCUACGGCCCUCUUCGUACCGUCGACGCGUCGCGUCCAGCUGAACAGUGGCGCUACGACUUGGCAAUGGCUCCGUAUCGUACUGAGGAUUAUGUUCCUCUUCAACGACCUUCCGCCCCCAUGCCUACGAGGGACUUCGGACGGUAUGCGUAUGCCAGGGAUACCAGGUCCGCUCCGUACCCGUACUCGCGCCGGCCUGUAGGCUUCGACUGGGAGGAAUUCCUCUUUCUGCGCAGUCAGGUCGCACUCUUGCAGGAACGCGUGUAUCAUCUGCAAUCGCAGGUGUCCGAACUGCAGGAGAGUUGCUUCAGCUAUGAUGUACCCUCCCGCGAGUACCGACAGGAAGAGGAUGCCUUUGCGAAGCUGUCCCACUUACCCGACUCCGUGCUCCGUGACUUCAAACCGCCGCGCCCAAGGGUUGCAUAG